AUGAUUGAAACAAACAGUGAAGAUAGCGACUGCCUCGUCAUUCGCACCGACCUCAUCAAGGCUCUUCUUAGGCAUCAGAAAUGUGAUGAUUCUAUGUUGGAGUCCAACCGGGUUAGUGAUGAUGUUCGGGAAAGCGGUAAGUCAUCCCUAAAUGCAUUUAAAGCUAUCUCUGAAGCCGCACAGAGACCUUUCCAUGAUGCCCCUUGUGUUAGCAGUGGUGGUUUAAUUGAGGAAUUCGUGCGCGGCUGCCCGCCGCUGGGGGUGUCGGCCUGGGCUAUGGAAGAGUGCCUGCGAGUUUCCCCAAAGGCAGAGACGUGGUGCGGCAGUGCUCUUCACCCUAAGGUAUGGGGCUUUCCAGGAACAACUCAUUGCCCUUUCAUGACGCAAUCAUCUGACUUCCUAACUUUUUUGUUGAAUGAAUGA